GUCAGAGUCUACGUGGUGAGGUUUGGAACCGUUGAUCCGGUUGUGUACUGAUCACCAUGGUUGAGACCCGUAGUGGGAAAGGCACUAGCCCCUACACCAAGGAGCAGCAAGAGAAGAUGGCCGCCCUAGUGAAAGAAAACAAGGAGAGGAAGGAGCUCGAGAAGCAGGCGAAGCUAAAGGCUAUCGCAGAGGAGCAGGCGGCAAAGAUGAAGAAGUUAGAGGAGGAGAUGAAGAGAGUUCAACAGGAGGAGAAAGAGAGGAGAAAGGCUGUCGAAGAAGCAGCAGCAGCAGAAGAGGAGAAAGAGAGGAUGCGUAUUGAGAGUAGAGAGGGAAGUAGCGACACGAAAAAGGAUACAGACGCUGAGAUGGAGAAGAAGAUAAGUGAGUGGGUCGCUAAUUUAUCGUUGGGAGAAGAUGAGGAGGCAAAGUCUUAUGUGACUCAGGAGGAGAGGGAGGCGCUAGCCAGUGAGCUAGCAACAAUGAAGGACCCUAUGGAACGGCGAGAAAGGGAGGAGGAGCAGAAAUUGGCAUGGAAACUGAGGAUGAAGAGGGAGAAGAAGAGGAGGAGAGAGGAAGUCAACAAACUGACCGCAGAGGUGGCGAAGGUGCAGGAGUGUAGGAAAGAAGUGGAGGCCCAGGCAGAUGACAAGGCCAAGUGGGAUAAGGUAUUGGGGUACCUAGAGGUGCUGAGCAAAGCCUGGAUGGAGGAGCGCCAGGCCAAGACUUUGCGCGAUAUAGUCACCCACAUUGGGGGCGACGUCAGGCAAUUGAGGGACAACAUAGGGAAGUUUUGUGAGGGCGCCAUCGAGGGUGCCAAAGCAAUAGUUGCUGUAGAGGGCGAGGGCAGACCCCGUAAAGAGCCUGUAAAGCUCAAGUUUCGAGACGCAAACGGGGGAAAGAAGGAGGAGAACUUUGACAACUGGGAGGCCAGUGUCAAUAGUUACAUAUAUUUACAACACAUCCUGUCAGAGGAACAAGUCCCCGUGGCCUUCCAGGCCCUUAAGGAUGAGGCGGCUAGUUUUGCCAGGUCCCUUGCGCGUGUAGCCGGUUGUGAAAACAACCUGGUUGCAUAUUCAAGAGUCACCCCUCUUCCUCAAUUUUUUAAGCUCCUGAAGGAGCGAUUUGUAGACCCAACGAGAGGCGUUCGCGCCUCUGAUAAGCUACAAACGAUCCACUCGCGACAGUGGAGGAGUGCAAGAGCACUCAAGGGUACCAUGGACGACUUGGUAGCCGUCCCAGACCAUGGGGUCACUGAGACCCAAUUGGUCCAGUUGUUUUAUCGUGCCAUGCCAGAGGCCCUGCGUGGGCAUUUCUUUGACAAAUCUCAACAGGCCGACAUCACUUAUGAUGCAUUGAGUAGAGAAGUCGUCCUGUAUGAGUCAAAGUCCAUGCCAGUUACCACCUUCUGGCACAAGGACUUAGAUAAGGGGAAAAGGUGGAAGGGUCGUACCAUCUCGGGCCAAGUGAGGGCCAAGGAUCAUAUGAUCCUUACUUUAGAAGAAGGUGGUAUUGAUGAGGUCCCAUACAGUCAGAUUGAGUGGGGCCUAGAGGAAGAGGACAGUAGCGUGGGACAGGGGAGGUCCUAUGUUGUUGUCGCGGCUGGAGGGAGGCCGCAAGGUAGAGGAGGAGGCCAGGGCCAAAGGGGCCAGGCCAUGGGAGGCCAAGGACCGGGCGCACAGGGGGUUGGCGGACAGGGAAACCGCCAAGUGGGAGGCCCGUGCCUAGCUAGCUGUCCAGAGACCGCUUGUGUUAGCGUCUCUCUAGGCACGUCCCUCACAGGUGUGGCAGAAGAGUUGAAGGAGAGAAUGCCAGCCUGGGCCAAAAUGAAGAAGGAGAGUAAGGGACAACUAAUCUUAGUAGACGUAGAGGUGUUUAGAAGUAGAGUAGGGGCCCUUAUAGAUUCAGGGGCCACCCGCAGUUAUAUUAGCCGUAGGGCGCUGAAGAAGCUGAGGCUAGGAUUGGAAGUCCAAAAGUUAGCAUACCCUAUAGUCAGUGUCCUCGCAGACAACCGCACGAUGCGAGUCGAGGACGACGUAGAGGGAGUCCAGGCGUAUUUUCGCCUAAAGAAGGAUGGAAAGGUGAGGAAAGUUAUCCAUUCCUUGACUCUCCUCGUACAGGACGACCUUCCUUUCGACGUAGUAUUGGGAAUGGAUUGGGGAGAGGCAACAGGGGCCACACUCCAUUUGAGAGAGCAUGAGUGUAGGCUCCCUAGCCCGUCAGGCGAGGUUAAGACUGCCCGCCUGUUUCAUGUGUCAGGUGUAAACAACACCUUGGCACAUUGCUGUCUCAGUGCUCCCGCGUUCACGCGACUAGUGAAAAAGGAGCAGUUAGAGGAUCAGGUCUUUGUAGUUUAUGUUAGACCUGUCACUGAGGCCAAGGAAAAGGAUGGUUCCACAAAUCCAACGAUUGCCAAGCUGCUGGAAGAGUUCAAAGAUUUGAUUGAGUCGCCCACAGGAGUAGUGUCGCGACCCAUCCAGCACAGGAUAGAGUUAGAGCCUGGUAGUAGAACUCCUAAGGGUGCAGUUUACAGGAUGUCCCCUAGAGAGUUAGAAGAGUUUCGCAAGCAGUUAGACGAACUCCUUGAGAAAGGUUGGUCUCCUUUUGGAGCACCAGUCAUGUUUGUCCCAAAGAAGGAAGGAGAGUUGCGUAUGUGUAUAGACUAUAGGGGUUUGAAUGCGAUUACUGUGAAGAAUGUUGAACCACUGCCCAGGAUAGACGAUCUCUUAGAUUGGGUGCAGGGUUGCAAGUACUUCUCUAAGAUAGACUUGAAGUCCAGAUACCAUCAGAUAGAAGUUCAUCCUGAUGAUCAGUACAAGACUGCAUUCCGGACUCGUUAUGGGCACUAUGAGUUUAUAGUGAUGCCCUUUGGACUAACCAACGCGCCAGCCACUUUUCAGCGUUGUAUGAACGAUCUGUUCAGACCAUGGUUAGGCAAGUUUGUAGUAGUCUAUUUAGAUGAUAUAUUAGUUUUCAGUAGGACCCUCCAGGAGCACCAAGGUCAUCUGAGGCAGGUCUUGGAGAAGCUACGAGAGGCUAACUUCAAGAUCAACGCAAAGAAGUGCGAGUGGGCCAAGACACAAGUCCUGUACUUGGGCCACGUGCUGGACGGAGAUGGCAUUAAGCCAGAGGACAGUAAGAUAGCGGCGAUUAGAGAUUGGCCGACGCCCCGCACAUUGACAGAGUUGCGGUCGUUCCUAGGCCUAGCUAACUACUAUCGAAAGUUCGUAAGGAACUUUUCUACUAUCGCCACUCCCCUGCGCAGGUUGCUUAAGAAAGAGGCAAUCUGGCAAUGGGACAAAGAUUGUACGUAUGCGCUAAAGAGAUUGAAGCGCACACUAAUAGAGUACCCUGUCCUCAAAGUAGCAGAUCCGUCUUUGCCAUUUGUCGUCACCACGGACGCAAGUCGGUAUGGGAUAGGCGUCGUGUUGCAGCAGAAUGACGACAAUGGCUAUAGACCCAUAGAGUUCAUGUCCGCGAGGAUGCCCUAAGAGAAGGUAGCCACCUCGACAUACGAGAGGGAACUCUACGCUCUCAGGCAGGCUCUAGACCACUGGAAGCAUUACCUGCUUGGGAGGCACUUCAAAGUGUAUUCUGACCAUGAAACACUUAGAUGGUUAAAGACUCAGGCCAAGAUGACACCUAAGUUGACUAGGUGGGCCGCAGAGAUAGACCAAUAUGACUUUGAGCUUAAGCCAGUGAAGGGCAAAUACAACGUAGUUGUGGAUGCUCUAAGUAGAAGAUCAGACUACUUUGGAGCUCUAGUACACUAUCAGGAUAUAGGGAGAGACCUGCAGGAGAAAGUGAAGCAAGCGUAUGCACAUGACCCUAUCUAUAGCGACCUCCUAAAGAGAGUUAGAGAGGCCCCAAAGACUGAGCCAGAUUACCACACUACAGAGGGAUUACUGUUUGAGAAGACUAACGUAUUCGACCGCCUGUGCGUUCCCAACAACGAAGAGAUUUGUAGUUUGAUCCUAGGGGAAUGCCACGAUAAUGAAGGACAUUUUGGUUG